AUGAGCCCUGGGUUUGGUGGAUUCCCUAGCGGAAGCCCAAGUGCGACUCCGUCAGGAUAUCCCGCUGAGAAGACUGGCCAUCCAGGCAUGGGCCACCAGUCGCAGAUGAGCCAGCAGAGCAUACCUCAGCAACCGCAAUACGUGGGCGCGGGCGCGGCAGCACACACAUCACCCGCAAGUGCCUCAGCAGACGAUGUGGGAACUUUUAAUGGAGGAAGCUACCGUGUGAGCCACAGGGACACAAACUCCAUUCUCACAGUGCAGUUAGCCAUUGGAUGUCCUUUUACUGCUAAACCUGGCGCAAUGAUAGCAAUGUCCCACACCAUGACGCUAAAGGGUAACCUGAAAUUCUCCCUCAAAAAAGCCCUCAUGGGCGGCGACAUGUCCAAAUCCACAUACACGGGUCCCGGUGAACUUCUGCUCGCCCCUCCUUCCAUCGGCGACAUCACAAUCAUUAAGCUCGGUGGAAAGGAGACAUGGUCGGUGGGCCGCGACGCCUUCCUGGCUUGCACACAGGGUAUUGUGACGGAGUAUAAGAGUCAGGGAAUCGGCAAAGCCAUGUUCAGUGGUGAGGGACUGUUCGUAUACAAGAUUAGUGGGACGGGUGUGCUUUGGGUGACGAGUUUUGGCGCGAUCAUUAGGAAGGAUCUCGCCGCCAACGAGAAAUACAUCAUCGACAACGGUCACCUCGUCGCGUGGAACUGCAAAUACGUUCUCGAGCGUGUGGCUAGCGGAGGUAUCAUCAGUAACAUGACGGCGGGUGAGGGUCUCGUAUGCAAGUUCACGGGGCCAGGAACCGUGUUCAUGCAGACGAGGAACGCAGCGGCGUUUGGGCAGUGGUUGGCCGCGAAUGCUGCUGCGCCGUAG